UAUUUAAAGGCCCUUCAGCUAGCUUUGCAUCUGCCGAAAGUUGGUUCCUCAUCCCGCGAUAGUACGCAAGGUGCCUCCAAUCUACAUCAGCACUUAGCACAUCACAACGUACACACACGGAAUUCAUCAGCAAAUGUCUAAGCUGUGGCUCAGAUUCGUCGUCACCGCUGUUUUAUGCAGCGUGAUCCUUGUCGACACAUCACACGGUCACGUAGCUGAACACAAGGCCGGCCUGAACAAGCGUGAAACUUCCUCUGGAGCUGGCGGAGGUUAUGGUGGCGGCGGUGGCGGUGGCGGUGGUUACGGUGGCGGUUACGGCGGCGGCAGCGGUGGUGGUUCGAACCCAGCUGACGCUGCCGCCUACUAUGCUAACAAGUACGGCGGCUCGGGAGGGGGCGCUGGUUUCGGAUACGGCAAGGGCUACGGGUCUGGGGCAGGGACUCAAACCUCCCAGCACGGCACGAACGGUGCUUCUAGUGCUGGCAAGACAGGCGGUGGGAGUGUGAGCACGCACGGCAAGGCUGGAAGCACUACCUCAUACUCUUCGGGAAAUUUAGGCGCCGGUAGCGACUCUGGUCACGGUGGUGCAGCAGGCUCGACCAACAAUGCCAACGCAAACAGCAACACCAAUGUUGGCUCUACCCGCGGCGGAACUGGCACAGCUACUGGAAACAAAGUCGGCGGCACUGGCAACGGAGGAAGCACAGCAAACAUUGCAACCGCCCAUCAAGGUGGUUCGAGCGGGACUAAUUUCGACUCUGAGUCAAACAAAGCCACGGGCGUAAGCACCAAAUCUGGCACGGGUCCCGCACAUGAUAGUGCUACGGGCUCCAACACGGAGAGCUCCCAGAACGCCAAGCCUACUACUAGCUCCAACACCGGAGCCUCCGGAAACGAACAAGGCACAGGCUCCAACACAAGUGUCUCUGGUAGCGUCGGAGCCAACAAUGGCAGCAAGAAUGGGUCCGCCGGUGGUGCAAACGGAUCGGGAAGCGGGUCGGGCGGUGGCGCUGGAGGGGGCGUCGGUGGAGGGAAGGCAGAGACUGGCAGCACAGCCGGCCUGUCCGUCGUCAAGACGGGACCCGGAAAAGCUGCAGGCCUGGACACGAAUUACUGGACUCCAGGAGGAGGAAAUGAAGCACACGUGUCCAUUAUCGAAGGUCCUCCAGCGGGCUUCAAAAUGUCUUGGGACAAGACUAGCGCUUUGUUCGGAAUGGGCCUUGACGAUAGCGAUCAAAGCCGGUGAGGGCGUCCGAGCUCUGAGCCCGUCUACCGAGGCCAAGAGGCUGACCCUCUUCAUAUUUGCUGGACUUUGCUUCCCUAGAGUUGUAGGUUUCAAUGCGGCUCAGUUCGACGUCACCGGCAUGACGUGGCUCUCUGUCUAUGGUUGGUGCGAGUCGCCCCAGCUCAUUGAAUACUACAUCAUUGAGAACCAUGGCGACACCAAGGCAUUCCAAGGCAAAGAGACCGUCGCGACCGCAGAGAUUGAUGGCAGUUCUUACACUUUCGUCACAAACCCGCGCACUGGGAAACCGUCGAUCAAAGGCCAAUCCACCGACUUCAUACAAUACAUCAACAUCAGAUCGGAGCCCCGAAAUCAAGGCAAAGUUAGCACGGCCAAGCAUUUUGAAAUGUGGGGCAAAGCAAAAGGCCAAAUGAGCAAGUGUUCCCAUCAAAUCGUUGCAGUUGAAGGUGUUAAUAGCUCCGGAGAGGUCACGGUUACAGUA